ACUCCAAAAUUGGCGGAGGGCGACAGAUUCGGGCCGGUUCGUUUCGGUUCAUUUGGAGGGAGCGAGCGCCUAAACAUUAGUGUCCCGCCGAUAACCGCGCCGCUUGCCCGCGUCAACCCUCGUCGUUGCGCACUGGGAGUUGGGCGGGCGCGGCGGAGCAGGAAAUGGAGGUGGAGAGAGCACGGCUUCUUAGUUUAGCGUACGAAUUCGGUUUCGAUGAAGAUGCUGCAAAUCAGUGCUUGGAUCGCCUUCUCGAUCUGUAUGGGGAGGAUGGUACAGAUUUUGUUACCGUGGAGCAUUGUGGUGAUGAUUUUCUUGUUGCAUUGGCUGAUUUUAACCAAGACAAGGAAGACUGGGAUGAUCUGCAAGCUAUUGAAACAGAAGCUUGUGGAGCUUUGAGCGACAUAUUCAUUGAUACAAUUCCGGAUGAAAAAGAAGGUAACAAAAUUGCUGGGAGAGUUUUUUCAUCAAACGAUAAUCAUUCACGUUUAGAAGUCAUAAGCCAGAAUGAUUGCAAUCUUUCUUCUGGAUUCAAGAGAAAUGAAGUUCACACAAUUGAACAACCCUCAAAACCAAGAGUGUAUGAAGAUAUAAGCAACUAUGGAGAAGUUUCAUCAAAUGUCCCUGGAGGGAUAGACUUGCAUGCAGUACAAGAUGGAUGUGAAACCCCAAGUUAUGAACAACUGCAGUCUAUGGAUGAUAUUUCUUUGGCAAAUGUUGUGGUUUUUGGUAACAAAACAUUUCGUGCUCUGCAGUAUCAGGCUUGCAAGGCGGCUAUGCAGAAGAAAGAUUGCUUUGUCCUUAUGCCCACUGGCGGCGGUAAAAGUUUAUGCUACCAGCUUCCAGCUAUUCUUCAUCUAGGAGUUACAGUUGUUGUCUGCCCCUUGCUGUCAUUGAUUCAAGAUCAAAUCACUACACUGAAUGUCAAAUAUGCGAUACCUGCAACCUUUCUGAACUCACAGCAAACUGCUUCACAAGCAUCAGCUGUAAUCCAAGAACUUAGAAGCUGUAAUCCUUCAUGCAAACUCCUGUAUGUUACUCCUGAAAGAAUUGCUGGGAAUCCGUCUUUUAUGGAUACUCUUCAAUGUUUACAUCAAAAGGAAUUACUUGCCAGUUUUGUUAUAGACGAGGCACAUUGUGUGAGCCAAUGGGGGCAUGAUUUUCGGCCAGAUUAUAGAGGACUGGGAUGUCUUAAACAAAAUUUCCCUAGAGUCCCUAUAAUGGCAUUAACUGCCACUGCAACUCAAUCUGUCCGUCAGGACAUAUUGGAUACUUUAAGAAUUCGUAAUGCCUUAGUUCUUGAGACAAGCUUUGAUAGACCUAACCUGAAGUAUGAAGUGAUACUUAAAAGCAAAGAUUCAUUAAAACAGCUUAACCAACUAAUAAAAGAUCGUUUCAGCAACAUGUCUGGCAUUGUUUAUUGUCUUUCAAAAAGCGAAUGUGUUGAAGUAUCCAAAUAUUUAACAAAAUGCAAGAUAAAAACAGUGCACUACCACGCUGGCUUGGCAGCUAAUCAGAGAGUUGCUGCUCAGAGGAAAUGGCAAACUGGAGAAGCUAAAGUUGUCUGUGCCACUAUUGCAUUUGGCAUGGGCAUAGAUAAAGCAGAUGUACGUUUUAUUAUCCACCAUACCUUGUCAAAAUCAAUUGAAAGUUACUACCAAGAAUCUGGAAGGGCUGGAAGAGAUAAUCUUCCAGCAACAUGCAUUAUUUUCUAUCAAAAGAAAGAUUUCAGUCGAGUUGUUUGCAUGCUACGGAAUGCAGAAGGUUCUAAAAGGGAGAGGUUUAAGACAGCAAUGGAUCAAGCAAAGAAAAUGCAAGGAUACUGUGAACUUAAAAAGGAAUGUAGGAGGCAGACACUUUUAAGCCAUUUUGGAGAAGCAUUCAACAGGAAUGCCUGUAUAACUGGUCCCAGUCCCUGCGAUAACUGUUCAAACUCUGUUCAGUGAGAACAUGGUCUGCUUUGGGAGCUCGAUCCGAACAGUUUCUCCUAUCUCAAUGAGCAGUUGAUUUGAGGUUAUCAGAGGCAUUGCAAACUCCAGCAGUGUUUGCCUUAUUCUUCAAUAUCAUUUCCAACAUAAAUAAAAUAUAUUAUCGCAUCUUUCUUAAUGCCAAAUUUCAAUCAUUUUAUAUGCUUAUUGAAUCACGAAGUAUUAAGUUGACUCAAUAUAUUAAAGGGUUAAGGAGUAUAUUAA